CGCUGGUGUAGUCGGACCUUAUCGCGCAUGCCGAGUGUACGUCAAUACAAACAAGAAGUCUUUAAUACUGUCGAGAAUAUUGCAUAUAUGUACAACCAACGAUGACAGCGCUAGCCAGUAGUGCUCCGUUCAGUUUGCGUACACUGCCUGUAUAGGCGAUUCGAAGCCGAUUAUGCAUGUAAUUUACUAACAAUAAAGCAGUACGGAUCUCGUGAAUUCUCAUGAUGAUGGUUUCGUGUAGUACUUUCUCUUCACGGUGUACUUUCGUCUUUGGUUGAGUGAGCUAACUUUCGGAACGGCAUAUUAGUGUUACCUACCAAAAUAAUCGAUUAGAUAAAAAAGUUUGGAUUGAGCCGCCUUCUUCUGUUCUGAAUUUGAAAUAUGCGGAUCGUUUGUGACUUUUUGUUUUUGUUGAUUCGAGAGAGAAAUAUUUAUUCUCAGUUUUCUAGUCAAGCCUUUAUUUCAGUUGUCAAUAAAAUUUGUACAUAAUAAUAAUUGUCAUACGCACUAAAUUUUACUAUGAGUGAAAAAUAGAUCGGAAGUAAUUCGUAAAAUGCCUUCGUAUAGUCAAGACAUAAACGUGGAUCUCAAUUCAAAUGAGAACGGUGCCUUAAAAAAUGACGCUAAGGAAGAGAAAAUAGAGAGUAGAGGAUUUAUGCCGGCCAAUCUGAGCAGUCCUAAGAAUGCACCAGCAGGCUUAAGCGAAGAUCAAAAGUUGGCUUUUGCCCUGCGUGACUUUUUGGUCCCAGCGAGCGGGCAAGGAGUGCACCCUGACGGGCCUUCGCCGUCUGCUGCAGAACAGCCGCUGCCUUUUAUAGAUGAUCAGGAGGACGCUGGACCAUCGGAGGAGGAGCAACAACCAUGCCGUACCGAAGAAGUGUUGAACAACGCAGCAUGUCGGUUGCGACGAUGGCGCGCUGCGUCUCGAAAGCUGCGGCGGCCAAGAAUAAUAGACAAUCUUUGUGGAGGAGAGGAGAAAGAAGCUGGUGGACGAGAGACGGGUCGCACCGACCUGGCUGACCGGCUGCGUAACCUGGCCGCAGCCGGCGGCGCAUCAGCUUCUGCAGGCGAACUGUUAUCGCUCGCACCGCCGCCACCAGCUGCAACUGCACCCCCCUCGCCUGGCUGCCUGCUUUCACCCACGCUCGCAGAUCAAAGCUCAGCAGAAUAUUUUGGCUCCAGUCCGGAAUGCUGCGCAGACAAUGCAGGGCUAGAAGGUCCUACAGGCACGCCGGCUCCCCCGCCCGGCCCUCGGUACAAGCUGGCCACCGAAGGCUCUCUGAGAGUCUGCUGCUUCCAGCACACGAGGACCGUCGUCGUCAAGAUCCUCACCGCCAAGUUCCUCAGGCGAUGGGAGACGCAUGCCCUCUGCUUAGAAGAAGAUCACAUCGUGUCUAAAACCCCUUCUGGUUUGCUUGAACACCCUCUGCCUUAUAGCUGCAUGCAAGAAGUGUACUGUAUAUCACGGUGGGAUUCCGCUCGGAAGUACUGUUUAAGGAUUGUCAUGCCCCACGGAUCCCUUCUGUUGCAGGCAAAUGAUGUUUACACGAGGGACCAGUGGUACCAUUCCAUUGUGUGGCGGAAAAAUAUCAUUCGAUAUCGAAACUUCCUCACAAAGUCUGUAAGAAGAGAAGUGGUUUUAAAAGAAUUGAAGAACAUGGUGGAUUUCGUGAUGACGACCCCAUUGCAAGAUGAAAGUGUGACGCGUGCACCUCUACAAAUCCUCACCGAUCUGUUAUCAGAGAAAAAAGACAGUCCUCAAUGGGAGGAAUGGGCAGAGCAGGUGACAAGCGUUGCGGCCCCACUGCUGGCGGAGCGGUGCGCGACGGGCGAGCUGUGCGCCUUGCUGGCAAGGCUGUGCCGGCGGAGACCGCGCGCCGCACCGCUACCCGCCCUCGCUCCGCCCGUGCGACGUGUCCUGACACGAAAUGUUGAUUUCGCAAGAGCACCAAACGCUAGGCGACUCGUUCGAGAUUAUAUAAGUGCACUAAGCGCUCACAAUUCUGGUGCAACCUUAGUGCGCCGCUUUGUGGAAGUGACGCAUGGUGGGAGAGCUACCUGUCCGCAUCCACGCGCCGCUCCGAAUCUGGCCGCGGUUGCACUAGCCGCCCUGGAUGACCACUAUCGAAAUGUGCCCGUUCAACAUAUCUGUGAUGAUCAAGAGGACGAUGUGCUGUGCUUCGCAGACAUUCUCGAAUACAUGUGUGAAUACGAAGACUGGCUACUCGUGGUAGGAGCAGUGUUACAACCUGUUCCACUGUGCCCCGGAGCAUUGAGCUGUCCCCGCGUCGCCCGAAGACUUGGCAACGUGCUGUCAGCGCUGGCUUGCGACACCCGAUGCUUGGCGCACGCUUGCGUCACACCGUGCAGGGCGGCCAGGCCCUCACCGCCGUCUUGGUUGAAGGCUGCUGCACCCACCGAUCCUUUACUCGCGUUACCUAAUCAGCAGCUUUGCCAGCUUUGGGGAGACAUGGUAGGGAGUUUACUACAUUGUUGCAGUAAAAGAAAAAGUUUUCUUCAAAGUAUGAGUAAACAACUUCCAGAUUUUGUUUUAGUCGCCCUAAACGAACACCCUGCUGCGUUAGAGGCCUUAUGUCUGAUGCUGGAAUGGGAAGUUGCUAGUGGAGAACAAACUCAAUUAGAAGUAAUAGCUGCUCUUCAGGGUACCGAAUUAGGGCAAAAGUACUACAAAGACCUUUGUGAAAGACAGCAAAAUCUUCAAAGAUUGCAAGCGGAAGGUGGUCCACGGCGAUUAGCGCUUCCGGUACGAGCCACGGACGCGGAUGUCGAAGCGCUGCUGGAGACAGGAGCUCUUGGCAACCUGGAAUGCCUUUCGCUCGCUUUCACCAGCGUCACCAGCGCUUGUGCUCACCAUCUUAUCAAGCUACCUUCACUACGGUACCUGAAUCUAUGGGCCACGAAGUUCGGCGACAGCGGCGUGCAGCUCAUUGCCGAACAUCUGCCACGUCUCCAGGUGCUAAACCUCUGCGAGACGCCCGUGUCUGAUAAGGGAAUAGAAGCGUUAUCAGUUUUAUCGAAUUUGCGUAGACUGAACUUGAACAGCACGAAACUAUCAGCGGAAGCGUUCGACAUGCUUCGACAGCGACUGCCUCAGUUACAAGAGUUCGAUAUCCGUUACACAGAAGCGUGGUGACAGCGGACACCGCCAAGACCCAACAAUUCAACUAUGUAGAUUUAUAUUCGCACGAGAUGUCAGUGAAGUGAAACCUGCGCAUAGUUGCGCUCGUUUCUAACUUCAUAACCUAAAAUUUGGAAUCGCACUAUUACAUGCACGAUCGACCAGUGGUGUAGCGUGGGUCUCCGAAACCUGGGGAAAUUUUGUGGUUCACCUAUUUUUAUAUAUCACCUCUCCUGUAAGAACUGCUAUAUUUGCUAGAAAUAACUACUUCAUACCAGGACCUAGUGGUGUUUUUUUUCUAGUAAAGUUUUCUUUAGUUUUAUAAUCAAGCAGUUAAUAAUAUGCUUAAAAAAUAUCUACCAAUAAAAAAUAUGCUGCCCUAAUAAAAUUGCGCCCGAGGUGGGACGCCCUCGCCAUGCUGCUCAACUGAAAGACACUUAAUUUUAUUCAGCUUAGCUUAUUUGUACAUUUUUGUCAGUGUCGCCGGUGGAUUGUAGAUUUAGCCGUUUAAGACACCGGCAAGUCGCUUUGAAAAUUAAACUCAUUGCAUAUGUUGCAAAACUGGUAUAUUAUUUUGCCAAAGCGGUGACUAAUUAGAACCCGCAGUUAAACAUGACGACUACAACGUUCUAUAAAAAGCUGUGAAUUUUCAUUCAAACGUAAUGAAAUUCAGCUUAUCAAACCGUCAUAAUACUAAGCAACUCCAUUUUUAAAUACUGCUAGCCAGAAUGUAGGUAGGACCUAAUACAACGAAGACGACGAAAUCUAUAAUCCGCCUGCAAUAUCAGCACUAUGUGUGAUCGAAAAAAUUUGACAACUCCGUGUCACGUAAACACAAAAAUGUAUUGAUCAUUCUUAAUUGUAUUUUUUAACCGACUUCAAAAAAGGAGGAAGUUCUAUGUUCGACUGUAUGUUUUGUUUUUUUAUGUAAUGUCCACCGAUUUCUCCGUCAAUUGUGGACCGCUUUCCAAAUUCUUUUUUGCACUUGUGUGCACAGUGCACUUCCGAGUUGGUCCCAUUGGAACGAAGUCAGGAUCUGAUGGUGGAAUCCAGGCAAAUCGAGGGAAACCUUCAAAUUUCAAAGGCACGCACGAUGUUUUUUAUGCAUGUUCACCGAUUUCCCCGUCAAAUGUGUUAUUGUUUACUUGGACGAUGUAGGUAAUUUUCACUAAAAUGGAUGAAAUAAAAAAAAAUAACAAAAAAUAAAACCGACUUCAAAAUCGAAAAUGGAACUAAAAAGUAAAAAAUAAUUUGGUUUAUGAUUUGGAAAUCGGGCGGGGUCAAGAUUGAAACAUUAAAUAGAUUUUCGUUUCUGAUUGGUUAUA